GGACCCGACUCUGUAGCUGAGCCUUGACUAUCAGUUUUGAGAAUGGGUAUUGGGUACUGACCUCUCUCUACGUCAUUGUUGCCUUGCUCAACAUGUUCCGAGUCUGUCUCUUCAUUGCCUUCUCCUAUGAGCACCUUGAGUGGCCAGAGUAAAUCAACAUUCAUCGCCCGCUGAUUCGCUCUCAGCACUGCCCCAACCGCGUCCGGACUCCAUGGUGUCUCGUCUCCAUCGUCUUUCCACUGAUGUCUAAGGACCGGAGUACGAGUCGCUUAUGGCAGUCGCGGCCCAACACCCUUCACCCCACCUGCCCACCUCGUCUCAACUACCUCACAAAACCCUUACUCAUACUCAUAAUGGACUCAAAAAGUAUUAAAGCACAGUUAACAUGUACACUCCUCCGCCAGCCCUCCGAGAUCCGCCUCUCCAUCUACGAUCACCUUACCUUGCCUCCAUUCGACGGCUACGAAGAGUACGCUGGUUUCUUUGCCUGUUGUCGCCAGAUCAAGGACGAGGUGGAGCGCGAGGCUGCGGUGCGGCUGACAGCGUAUCUUGCGGAGAUUGAGCAAGAAGCUAUUGCGAAAUACGAGGACCGAUGGAAAGGCGAGCCGCUCACAGAACCCAUCACCCUCACGGCUAUAAAUACAUUCGAAAAUCUAGAGGUUAUACUCACAGUCCCGUUCCUCCUCCCGAGUCCCGGCAUCGACUGGCAUCGCACCUACUACUUCUAUGGCUGCGUCAUAUAUCCCGGAUCGGUCAGCGCCAAGCAGAGCGCACAUGAGCAGCAGCAGGAUAUUCACCACAACCGCGUACAGGACAUGCUCGAUCUGCUCGAACCAUUGUACAGCCUGCACCUUUCAGGUAUAACCGUGCGUAUCGAAGCGGACGAUGCUUCACUCGCGCGGAUCCGCAACGACGACGAGCUGCUCAACAAGAAGUUCCCUAACAUGAGCGUAUGGUCACAAAAUACAGAGGAAGGAAUCUACAGGACACCAUUCGGCCGCCUGAUCCAUCCCUACGCCACGAAGAUAGACUCCCAGACGCUCCAUAUGCUCUUCAAAUACCUCGACGACGGCGUCCCCAUCAACACGACCAAAAUCGCCGUGCAAUGGGACUUUGCGGAAACUCCCCCCACCAGCGCAAACAGCCGAAAAUACGAGCACGAGUCUAGCAAUGUGAAUCGGGGCCGCUCGACGACCUCCAUGUUCGCCGCGGACCGCCUGACCGGCGUGGUCCUUACGGAGCUGGAAGUCGAGCAGUUUCUCUGGAAUGAGAAGAAGCAGGGAGAGCGCCUUUCGACCAUGAUAAAUAGCCGUGGCAGUGGUGGCCGCGAGCAGGCGAGGACGAGGGACUCGUUUCUGCGGAAACUGGAGAAGGCGAAUAAGAGGCUGCAGGAGAUGGGCGUGCUAGAGGACGAAGACGCGGAUGGAGUGGCGAAGAGGACGAAUUUUGACUAUCGGUUAGUGGACGGGGAGUGGCGCGAGAUCGUUAGGGGGGACAGUUCUGCCGCCUGAGAUAGGCAGAGCAGAUGGGAAGAGAGAUACAAGGAUCAUCGCAGGGACGAAAUGGCCUUGAAAAGCGCGGCUGCA